CGUCUGCUUCUCCAGCAGUCGACAUCGUACGAAUCGCUGUCAUAGUUUUGUCAUGCGGAAGAUACUGUGUUUACAUGGAUAUCGCCAAAGUGCACAAGUUUUCAAGGAUAAAACGGGCUCACUUCGAAAACUUUUGAAGAAACAUGCGGAGCUCGUGUACAUCAGUGCCCCCCACCUUAUUCCAGCAACCAGUUCACCAGCAAUUUCUAGUGAAACCCAAGAUAAUGAAAAUGUAGAAGUGAAACCCGACGAAAAAACGGAAGAGCAGAGAGGCUGGUAUUUCAGCACAGAGGCGUUGACAUUCAAUUCACAUGAUGUGACCGACUUCAGCUGGGGACUGCAAGAGUCGAUUGAUGUGAUCAGUAAAGCAUUUGAAGAGCUCGGACCAUUUGAUGGAAUUUUAGGAUUUUCUCAAGGAGCUGCUCUGGGCUCAAUUUUAUGCCAUCUUCUUGAAAAAGGAGAGUUACCUUUUUCAUUCAGGUUUGCCAUCCUUGUGUCUGGCUUCCGUUCAAGGCUAAGCCCUCAUGCACAUUUUUAUGAAACCAAGCAAAAUGUUGCCACAUUACAUAUAAUUGGAGAAACAGAUAGAAUUGUGGAAAAAGAAAUGAGUGAAGAAUUGACAACGUAUUUUGAAUCACCGCAAAUUAUGCACCAUGCAGGAGGUCACUAUGUACCAGCAACAUCAAAAGAAAAAGAAAGCUAUUUUACUUUUUUAGAAAAAUUCUAAUUUGAUGCUGUGCAUUAGGGAAAAUAAUCACUGCUCAUGAAAACCCUCUCA